AUGUACCAUUAUCAAUUCAUCCAUACCAUUGCUGCCAAAGUGAACACUGUUGUAGUGACCGCACGCAAUAUCACCGACCUUAGGGAGAAGGUGAAAGCUGAUAAGAUCUCAAACACGCAUGUGGUUGAGGCAGACCUUGUUUCUGCGGACUCCUUGAAAGCUGCAGCCGCGGCCACAUCGUCCCUCGUCAAUGGAAAAAUCGACCACUUGCUUAUCAACGGUACCUAUCUCUCUUCAACGAGCGGCUUGAAUCCCACCGAUUUCGCUGAACAGCCCGAGAUUUUCCUCGAGGAGCUCAGGAAGAGCGACGAGGCUAAUGUCGCCGGCCCGCUUUUCGCAAUCAAUGCAUUUCUUCCGCUCACCAUCGCGCCAUGGGUUGCGAGCUCAGUUCCCUACUCCGCUAGCAAGGCGGCUGGGAACAUCGUCAUCACCAAGUUUGCGGCUGAACUGAAGGACGGGGGCUUCAUCUUCUUGAGUAUUUCGUCAGGCGCAGUCGUGACUGAAACGCUCAUGACUGCAGCUGCCAACUUCACUGACGCGGAGAAGGGUAAACUACAGCGCAUGUUUGGUAGGAUGAUGCAAAAUCACCCGGAGUGGAAGGGUCCCGUCGCUUCUGAAGAGAGCGUGAAGCGAAUUCUCAAAGUCGUGAGAGAUUUCAAGGUGGAGCAGAGCGGUCGGUUCAUUAGCUACUGGGGCAAUAAUACUGAAUGGUUAUAA